AUGGCGUCGACGACGAACAACAACUACUAUGACUCUCCCUACGAUACCCCCGGUGGAUCUGACGUCGGCACAUCGCUCCUUCCGCCGCACGAUAAAGACCCCAUGUCGAGCAGCAACCCGUACGCUGCCACGGGCUCUGAGCCCGCUUAUGCGCCUAAGAAGCGCAAGAGCCGCAAGGGAUGGUACAUUCUUGCUGCCAUCAUCGCCAUCUGUGUGAUUGUCGGUGCCGUCCUCGGUGGUGUCCUUGGAUCUCGCGCUGCCAACAAGAACGACGACAAGAACUCGUCGUCUGCCUCGCGCGCCAACGACAACACGAACGCCGCCAAGGACCCCAGCACGAAUAACGGCAACUCUGGCAGCAACGACAAGACGAACAACGCUGGUACCGCCAACCAGGGUGGUGACAAGGGUCAGGCCCCUGCCCCCGACGCUGGCAACACUGCUCUUCCCGGUAUGAUCCAGAUCCUCACCGACGACCGCCUUCCGCACGAGACCGUCACUGGCCCCAACGGCGAGGUCUACCUUCCCGCCCAGACCGAUGUUUACAUGCUCCCCGUUUACGCCACUGGAACCGGCACCGCUGGUUACGCUGCCCCCACCAACGUCGCCGGCAAGGACGACUCGUGGCCCAGCGACAACGAGCAGCCUUCGUCUGGUAACCUCCGCUCGCACCCUCGCCUCAUCGCUCCCCAGUACAAGUGGGACGCCCUCAAGAACGGCCUCAAGGACAAGGACCCCUACUUCUCGUUCUGGGACACUGUUCUCAUGGGCAACGCCUCCACCAUUCUUAACGCGGGCUCUGUCAAGUACGAGAUGGACGGUGGCCCCACCGGCUCUGGUGUCCUCGACAUUGCUCGUGAGAUCAAGGUUCGCAUCAAGAUUCUCGGUUACGCCUGGAAGAUGACCGGUGACAAGAAGUACGCCGACCGCGCCUGGAAGGAGCUCAGCGAGGGUAUCUCGAACGCUGCCGACGCUGGCUACUCGGCUGACCCUUGGAACGCCAACGGCCACUUCCUCGACACUGCCGAGUACACUGCCGCCUACGCUAUCGGAUACGACUGGUUCAGCGACGCCUUCUUGGACGACCAGAAGUCUCAGAUCCGCGGCUGGAUUGUCGACCACGGUCUUACCCCGGGCCAGCAGGCCUUCGCCGGUCAGGGCCAGGUUCAGAACUGGUGGAAGAACGACAACAUCAAGGGUAACUGGAACUGUGUCUGCAACAGCGGUCUCAUUCUCGGUGCUCUUGCCAUCAAGGGCGAGGACAAUGGCAUCUCGGACUCGAUUAUUGACUCGGCUACCAAGUCUGCUCAGGCCGCCUGUUUCCAGGCCCCUCACACCGACGGUACCUGGGCUGAGACCAACGACUACUGGUACUUCGGUACCACUGGCGCCGCCGAGAUGCUCUCUGCUCUCAACACUGCGACUGGCGCUUCUGUCGAGUCGCUCCUUGGCGACAACAAGGACCGCUGGCUCAACACUGCCCUGUUCCACAUGCACGGCCAGGGCAUGACGUCGCUCUUCAACUAUGGUGACCACGGACCCAACAAGUUCUCGGCCACCGCCAACGUUCUCGUCUUCCUCGCCUCGACCUUCAACGAGCCCCGCUACGCCCUCUACCAGCGUGACCACUACGACGCCGCCGACCCCUGGAACAUGUUCUGGUACGACCCCACCACCGACGGCGCCUUCUGGAACGGCCUCGAGAUUGACCACCACUUCUCUGACCCUGCUGGCGAGUGGGCCGCCGCUCGUUCCUCGUGGUCUGACAACUCUGGCACCUACUGGGGUAUCAAGGGUGGUUCGCUCCUCGAGCACCAGACCCACGGUGACCUCGACAUGGGUGACUUUGUCUUUGACGCCAUGGGACAGCGCUGGGCCGGCGAGUACGGUUCUGGCCAGUACCUGUCGCCCGGCUACUUCUCGUCCGAGGCUCCCGACUCGCAGCGCUGGCUCUACUUCCGCAAGCGCACGGAGGGCCAGAACACGAUUGUCAUUGGCGGCGAGAACCAGUUCUCUGGCGCUGCGGCGCCCACUGUCAAGUGGGGCUCGAGCGGCACGCAGCAGGGUGCUGCCCCCUACCUCGAGGUCGGCUCUGACGACACUGCCUUCUGGACGAUGGACAUGUCUGCCGCUUACAACGGCACUUCGUCGGUCAAGCGCGGUAUCCGUUUCCUGAACGGCCGUCGCCAGAUGCUGCUCCAGGACGAGAUUGGCGGAGCUGCGGGCACGAUCGAGUGGCACGUUCAGACGAACGCGUCGGUCGAGCUGAACGGCGCCGAGGCCUCGCUCUCGUCGCCCGGUGGCCAGAAGCUCACAGUCAAGAUCAUCAACGCGAACCCUGCCGGCCUCCAGUUCUCGACCAAGGACGCCGUCUCGGCCGUGACGCCGCCCGCGCCUGACUCGGCCAAGGGUGAGAAGGACGGCGACCCGGACAACUCGCCUGCCAAGAUCCUGGUGAUUUCCGCCGGUGACGGCGUCAAGGACGCCAGCUUCCAGACCCUCUGGCAGCCGCAGUGGCCCGACAAGAAGGACGGCGACGACAAGGAGCCCGCCAACGUCCCUCUCGACCAGUGGUCGGUCGACAGUCACAAGUAG